AUGAACCAUGCUCUUUGUGGAAGACCAUGGAUUUUAUCUGGGCAAACUUUGGUGGUUCAAAAGUGGAGGCCAGAUUUUGAUCCUAUGAUUGCGAAUAUUGGCAAAAUGGCUCUAUGUGUACGAAUUUGUGGGUUACCUGUUAAAUUAUUCAAAAACUAUACUAUUGCUGCCAUUGGUAAGAUUUUUGGGACUGUUGUUAAGGUUGAUCAGGUAACAAUUGGUCAAGCUAGGGGCAAAUUUGCUCAUGUGUGUAUCGAAGUGGAUCUGAGUAAACCAUUGAGGCCAUUUGUGGAAGUGGAAGGUGUUGCUUAUGGAGUUUUUUAUGAUGGUAUAUCUAUUAUUUGUUUUGAAUGUGGAUGUUAUGGUCACGUGAAAGACAAAUGUCCAUAUGUUCAUCAAGACAAUGGUUCUAAAGAUCAGAUUAAUGAAGCUGUCAUAAAUGAAAAUAUUAGUGUGCUGAAAGGGGAUAUGGGGUCUUGGAUGUUAAUGACAUACAAGAAUAAAAAGAAGGUUUCUACUGAAAAUGGUAGUACUAAGAAAGUUCAAAUAUCUGGUUCCAGGUUUAAUGUGCUUCAGGAUCAAAAUGGUGAUGAGCAUACUGAUAAUGGGGACUCUGCUACAGUUGACAAUUUCCAAGACAAGGCUUUGAAGAGUAUAGAAUUGAAGAUUAUUAGUGGCAAGGUUGUUGAAAAGAGUAAGGAUAAGCAGGUUAUGAAUGAGAAGACACAAAGGCUAAAAGCUAAAGUACCUACUAGGCUCUCAAUGAAGGAUGUAUCAAAUAAAGUUUCCGGAUCAUCUAGCAAUCGAUCUAAUGCUACUGUGAAGUAUCAAAGGAAGCAUAGAGCCAUUAAUUCUCUUGGAGUUACUAACCUUGAUCCUCAUGUCUCAUUUGUGGUUAGCCAGGAGAAGUGA